AACCUGUAAAUGACUCUUUCUUUUGCGGAAAACAAAAGAAGAUAUUUCGAGAAAUGUCUCUCGGUGGUUAUUCUUAUAAAAGUCAAUGAGGACCAGCGUUGUUUGUUUACUAACGUUCUUCAAAGUAUCUUAAUUUGUGGUCUGCAGAGUAAAGAUAGUUAUACAGGUUUUGGAAAGACAUGGGGGUGAGUAAACGAUAUAAGAAUUUUCAUUUUUGUAAACUACCCCUUUAAAGAAAACAGUUAUGCAAAUGCAAGAUGAAUUGUAAUAUCAGUACCUUUUAUUCAAGAGAAGGCAAUGGCAUGAAUUAUUUUUAUACAGCUAUGAAAGCCAAGCUUUUGUAAUAGACAUACUGUAUAACAGAAAUGGCUGGGAAAUGAUAAGCAGUUGCAAGCCGAACACACUACAAGAGAAGGAAUAUUCACUCAAUGUACAACAGCAUCUAAUAUAGCUUUGAUUAAAUGGCUUAUGGUUUAUAAUUAAGCUCUUGAAAUAAAAAUCCUAACUUUGCCUAUAGAUUUUUAACAACAUUUUGAUGACAUUUUCAUGCUUAUUUAUCACACAGCUGUAACCCAAUUCCUAAGAACGACAGCAGUAUUUGGCAAUAUUACUAAAUUACACAUUCAAUCCUUUAAGUGUGUAGGCUAUUAUUUUACAUAUGCAGUUUAUGCCGACAUUAAUUCAUAUUUGCCCUUUCUAACAUAAAUUGUAAGCUUAAAUCUUGAAUAACUAACAUAUGGUAAUAUCCACAUUAUUUGUUAAUACCCUAAAAUUGUUUAUAAAGGAUCACAAAUGUUCCACCACUGAUAUGACACAAUCAAUUUGAAACGAUGUAAAAAAACUACGACAUUUAAGAAAAAUAAAUCACUUGUAAACCAUCCAUACAUUAAAACAGCAGAGAAGUCGUUAAAUCAAUAAUAUAAAACACAGAAGUUGGCUUUAAGAUCGUACAGAAGGUUUAUGUUCAUCGUUAACAGAUCUGAAGGAGGAAUAUUUUAUUCAGGCAUCUGGGGAGCCGACUGAAUAGGAGCUGCGCAGACUGAUCGCAAGAACAUCAAAGCACCGCGAGAGCGCACUAAAACUUAGCUUUUAAAUAAGUCUCGCGGUACCUGAUGUCAUACAUUGAUCAAACUGCGCAGCGACACAUUGAGAUGCACAAACCCAUCGACAUCAACGCAUCCUGAGCUCGUGGGCUGGUCUGAAUCUGAAUCCAGACCAGCCAUCCAGGGAUUGGGAUCCAAGGCAAAGGGAUCAGAGUGAUCGACUAUGAAAAAACAUGGCCGUCAGAUGACCAAAGUUGUCUCAGACCUCUGAAGUCAUGAGGGACUGCUAAUCAAAUCAGCGAUGUCUCCAAAAGGAGUCGGCCAGAGCAAGGUGGAGGAAACCGCCGUGCAGGUGGCCGUCCGGGUGCGACCACUUUUGCCCAAAGAGAUUCUGCACAACCAUGAGAGCUGCAUCACGGCAGACCCCGAGGAGAAGAGGGUCACCUUGGGCAAUGACCGCCACUUCCACUGUGACUUCGUCUUUGAGGAGCGCUUGACCCAGGAGGAUGUGUACACCGACUGCGUUCAGCCCCUCAUUGAAUCCUUCUUUCAUGGUUUCAACGCCACUGUUUUUGCCUAUGGGCAGACAGGCUCGGGCAAAACCUACACCAUCGGAGAAGCCGACAUUUCCGCUUUGAGGGAAGAUGAACAGGGCAUCAUUCCCAGGGCCGUGGCCGAGAUCUUUAAACUGCUGGACGAGAAUGACCUCAUCGACUUCUCCGUUCGAGUUUCCUACAUCGAGGUUUACAAAGAGGUCUUCAGGGACCUGCUGGAAGUGGAGACAGCCAGUAAAGACAUACAUAUUCGAGAGGAUGAAAAGGGGAAUGUGGUGCUGUGCGGUGUGAAGGAAUGUGAAGUGGAGGGGCUUGAUGAGGUUCUCAGUCUCUUAGAGUCCGGAAAGACCGCCCGCCACACAGGGGCCACCCAGAUGAACCCCCACUCCAGCCGCUCCCACACCAUCUUCACGGUGUUGAUGGACCAGAGGCGUGGAUCUUCACGAGGAGCGAGCGGAACCUUGCAGAUCCUGUCUUCCAAGUUCCAUUUUGUGGACCUGGCUGGAUCAGAGCGCAUCCUUAAAACCGGCAACACCGGCGAGCGGCUAAAGGAGAGCAUUCAGAUCAACAGUGGGCUUCUCGCUCUCGGAAACGUCAUUGGAGCUCUCGGGGACCCUAAGAGAAAAGGCACCCAUAUCCCAUAUAGAGAUUCUAAAAUCACCAGGAUCUUAAAGGACUCUCUCGGAGGCAACGCCAAGACACUCAUGAUCGCCUGCAUAAGCCCCUCAUCCUCAGACUUCGACGAAAGCCUCAAUACCCUCAACUACGCCAAGCGGGCCCGUAACAUCCAAAACCGAGCGACCGUCAACUGCCGAGGAGAGCCGGACCGCGUCGAAGGCCUCGAGCUCCAAAUUAAAGCGCUCCGACGUGCGCUUGAAACCCGCCAGCGAUCUGAAACCCGCAUCAUCGCUCGCUCCGACCCCGGUAAAAGACUGAGGCCCUUCGAAGUGGACGUGGGGAAGCUGCAAGCAGAGAGCGCCCACUACAGGACGUGCACGGACUCGGCCUACAGACUCUUUACAGAGCUGCAGGGAGAGGGAACGCUGAACGCUAGUCAGCUGUUGAGGGUGAAGGAGUGGCUUUGCGCCGUGGAGGAGGAACGGAGCGGACUGACCUCAGCGUCGGGUCUGGACAGUGGCAUUGAGAGCAGCUCUACUGAGGACAGCUCAGCGCUGAAGAAGGGACGGGCAGCGUUUAAUAACCAGGAGCAAGUAAAAGCAGAUUGGAGCUGUGACCGAGAAAACAGCAUUACACAGCUGCAGGCUCAGAUACAGCAAGUAGAACAAGAAAACACAGACUUCUUAGCCGCGUUGGAAGAUGCCAUGGAACAAUACAAACAGCAGAGUGAUAAGCUACAGGAGCAGCAGGAUCUAAUAGCUGAGCUUCACAGUCUGUUAGCCCAGCCUGGUGGAGGGGGGCUCCUGCACUUAGGACACAGACCUCACACCGCCCCCAUCAACUCUCUACUGCAAACAUCUGACGGCACGGGCCGUCUGACUCCUCCCUACGACGCCGAUGGAGGCAGAAGCAUCAACAGACAGGCUGGAAUGGGCGCGUCAGUAGACGGCAGCUCAUUUUUAGACCAUGCGCAGUGGGAGAGCGGGUUUGAAAACACUCACUGCGAGACCUCUGGGAAAGGAGCGAGUCGUGAUGGUGAAGAUGGUCCCAUUAAAGCCUGCAGAGAGAAACUGAAAUCCACCAAUGUUACCUGGACAAAGAAAGAUGCCCCGUUACAUCAAGGAUUCUCUGCUGCGAGCAGGGCACCUCUGUCUCAAGUGCUUGGGCACAACCAAUUUCCAGCUGUGCAGUACGCUAGACGUACAUCUAACAGCAGCAUUGGCGAAAGCUCGGCGUGGGAGAGCGUGAGAGGCUUUGGAGGUGAGCUUUGCACAGAGAGAGGGCUUCUUCAAGCCCAACAGAAGAUCAGAGAACUCUCCAUAACCAUCCGCAUGAAGGAGGAGCUCAUUAAAGAGCUGAUCAAAACCGGUAAAGAUGCCCAGGCCAUGAACAAGCAGUACAGUUGUAAGAUCUCGGAGCUGGAGUCCGAAGCAGAACAGGCUCGCAUUGAGCUCACAGAGGCUCAGAAGCAGCUGCAGGACCUGGAGCUUCAGGGCGGCCGUGACGCAGCUGACCGCUCCAAAGCCCAGGAGUGCAGGAGAAAGAUCGCAGCUGCACAGAGCAAAGUUCAGGUGUUAAAGCAGAAGCAGCGAGACACCGCUCAGCUCGCCUGCCUGUCUGCGCAGAGCGAGCGGCGCGUGCAGGAACUCGAGAGGAACGUGCAGAGCAUGAGACAGCAGCAGGACCUGCUGCAGCGGCGUCUGCGAGAGGAGAGCCAGCAGAAGAGACGACUGGAAAGUGAGAUGCAGAAGGGAAAACACAGAGUCAAGGAGCUGGAGAUUAAGAACGAACAGCAGCAGAAGAUCCUGAGGAUAAAGACCGAGGAAAUCGCUGCGUUUCAGAGGCAGAGAAGGAGCGGAAGCAAUGGCUCGGUUGUUUCAUUAGAGGAGCAGCAGAAGAUAGAAGAGCAGAAACGCUGGCUCGAUGAGGAAAUGGAGAAGGUUCUGGAACAACGGCGGGGUUUAGACGGCCUGGAAGGAGAGCUGACCAAACGAGAAGAGAUCUUAGCCAAAAAGGAGGCCUUGCUGAUGGAGCGCAGCGGACUGGAAUCCAAAAAGCUUCGAUCUAGUCAGGCCCUCAGUAAAGACCUGGCGACCCUGUCGAACCGAAUCGAAUCUCUGGAGCGGGAACUGAUCGAGAGGAACGGUCUUCUGCGGAGUAGCAGCGCGCAAGACUCCCAGCAGAUCAGACAGGAGAUCUCCAACCUCAGACAGGAGAAAGAACAGCUUCUUAAACAGAGGGUGGAGUUGGACGACAAACUGAGACAGGGCAACCUGCUUUCUCCUGAGGAAGAACGCACUCUCUUCCAACUGGACGAGGCCAUCGAGGCUCUAGAUGCCGCUAUAGAGUACAAGAACGAAGCGAUCACCCAAAGACAGAGACAGCUGAGGGCAUCAGGAAGCAUGCUCACCCAAUGGGAGAUGAACCUGAUGGCCAAGCUCACCUACCUGUCAGCCUCGGAAACUCGAGCCUUGCUGUGUAAAUACUUUGAUAAGGUCGUGUCCCUCCGCGAGGAGGAGCGGAGGCUGCAGUUGGCCCUGGCCGAGCUGGAGCUCAGAGUCGAGGAGCAGCAGAAUCUGGUUGGUUGGCUGGAAGCAGCUCUGGAGAGACAGCAGAUAGAGGCGGAUCGCAGACUCACCCAGCAGCAGAAGGAACACGAGAGAAACAUCCAGCUACUGCUGCAACAGUGCCGAGAGCAAAUGGAUGAAGGUCUGGCAGGUAGACAGCGACAGUAUGAAGGCUUGAUACACAACCUCCGCAAAGAGCUGAACCUCUGCAGAGCAGCCAAUCAGGAGCUGAACAGCAAACUGAGGGAAAUGCACAGCCCCGUGAAUCAGGCUGGGGAACAGAGCAAAGGUGUUAUUGAAAGGGUCCCGGGCAGAGUCGCUGACGACACGGUCAGGUCUUCCCUCGAGGCUGAGAGAGUUCAGAGAUCGAGGGAGGAGAUGCGGGACCUCGUGAACGCGCCUCUACCGCCGACGUGGAGGCGCUCAUCUCUCCCUACUGAAGAUCAGUGUAACGUGGAGGAACUGAGACAGACAGCAGCCUGUGAACUGCCAAAUAAUCGAAUACUUCAACCCAGCGGGACUUCUGCACACUGGAACGGGACUGCCUCCCUACCUCUCUCGCGACCCCGGAGGGAAUUCAGGAGAUCGAGCCUCAACACGGGACCACUAUGUACCAAUUCAGCAAUAAUUGAUGUUCGUAAAAAUCCAGUGUAGCGAAAAACCUUUGUACAUUGAAAACUUGUUUAUGAGUCCAAUUAUCCACUGUUUUCUAUAAUAUUGCAUUGUUUAAAUAUAUGUUGUAAUGUAUGUAUGCUUUUUUAUUGAUCCUCCUUGAAGUGUACGUUUGAUCUCUCGCUGUUACAUUUCAAGUUUUUAUAAUGGAACUGUUUCAAGUUUCAGACCCUCUUAGACAUUUUUUGUGAAUAUGUAAGGCUAUUUUCUUCCAUAGAUGAAAUAAAAAGUAGCCUUG